AAUGUGCUUUCCUUGGGUAUGAUGCAUUUGUUCCGAUAACACUACUCUACGCUACCUCAGAUAUCUCACGUCCUACACCCCAUAGGAUAUUCCAGAACCAUACUCUCGCUAUGUCUAGCUGGAUUAUAUCGCAAGAAUCGUAUACCUACCAUCUUCAACAAUGAAUACUUGGCCGCUUAGGGGAGCUGUCAUGUUAGAUAUUCCUUCUCAGUACCGCCCAUCUUACCGCAACCAUGCUCGCACAAGCUCCGAAACUACUCACUCACUCGACACGAAAGAACUCUGGACUCGAAACGAAUGGAUGGCCGCCGGAUCAGGAGACGCACACUGUCAUCCUAGGGCGUCGGAGGCAGUUGAAAAGUUCAAAAAACAUAUCAUUGGAGACUGCGCAGCUUCUCAUCCUACUAAUCCAGCUAUAUUGCGUCAUUAUAAUCUUCCUCAUCUUCACAAUUUGCGAAGACAGCACCCACCCGCAGGACGAAAGCCUUUUGUAGGAAUUGCACCGGAAAGGAGAGAGGGAUUGCCUUCUGGAAACUGGCAAUAUGGCAAUGCGCACCACGAUGAUGUUCGGCGAGACGCACCUCUGGACAUUUGCGUCCAUUUUUCUCCAGAGGACCCAAGGCAGGACCCCAAGAAACCAUCGGAGGCCCCUAGCAGUUCCGGUCGCCUGGUUAUCAAGGGACACUCGUUUCCUGUUCGUCAUUUGACGCAAGAGGUUUUCCUUCCGCGCUUUCUAGAUUAUCGUGCAUCAUGGCACCCGCCGGACCUCGUCUACAACGUGAAAUCGCCUCUCAAUCCUUCUGCAAUCCAGCAACUCGAUAUCGUAAAAACGUGGAAACGGCUCAGCUUUUCUCAGGCGGCGGAGAUAUUGCAUUGGGAAGAAACAUUCAAGCUCGUUCUGGCAGCGAACUUGGAGGCCCUGCUUACAUCGUCUGACGGCACCCAGACAAAGUUGGUCGAAGAUUCUACAAAGAAUCCGUGUAUAUCUGUGCGGCUUGAUCCUUUGAAGGUUGUCUUUGACAUGAUCCAAGCCGAGGAUAGCACAAAGACCGCCUUUCGUUGGUUUGCGUCGACUGAAAACGUCCAUCGAAGCCUGUUACGAUUUCUGCGGAACCAAGACUGUUUCAUUGACCCUUUAGUAUCAGGUCCUGGUUCGCAUCCAUGUGCCAGUAUCCGUAGCUCCAGCGUCAAAUUCACGAGGCUACCCAAAUCCAGGAUAUCUAACGUGGAUGGUCCUACCCAGGCAGAGCUGCUCUGGAACCCUCCGUAUAUUUCAUUCGAGUCUUUUGACUUCGAGGUCGAAGAAGGGCAAGCGUUUCAUCUCCGGCCCAGCUUCUGCUGCGCACUGAAGGACCUUUUCGAAGAUGCCCUUGCCAAGGGCGAGAUCAGUCUCACGUAUUCAGCUAAUGUCGACUGGCUCCGCUAUGACCACAAGGUUGGCAGUUUCUCUGGCACAGUGCCGGUACGCCGAAGACUUCUCGAAACAAAGCCCUACGAUCCAUCAUCUGUCCAUAUACUCGACAUAAUUGUUAAAGCUGAGCUGGUAGAGAACUUCGGAACUCCGACGUUGGAGCAGACCAUGAGAACGCAAAUACGGCUUAGGGUGAUGCCAAAGACGGACCAGGUGACUUUGCAGCGGAAUCGGAGGUUUUCUCAUCAUACUCGAGAUCGAAGCUUGGACAUCAUCACGCGGGAAAACCUUGCAGUGGACGAGACAGACACGAAAGAGGAAACUAUAUGCGAUCCGGUUACUCGCCCGCCAUUGGAUGUUGAUAUUCAUAACACAUAUUCUCCUGCAUCGCUUUCUGGCCACAAAGGUGUGCCUGAUAUUUAUCAUUAUCGACAUGAACACCUCGAGAUCCAAGCUAACAAGAGGAGCUCCGCUUAUCCCGUCAACGCAACUCCUGACUGCGUUGAUCCUCCAAGGCCCGCUCCACUAGUUGUUCACAAAUCUCGGCCAUCUACUUUGAAGAAGAUGCAGUACCCACACCCCUCGACCCCGUCAGAUUGUAACAGUCCUGUUCCUCGGUUUGAUAAUAACGCAGCCGAUCUUGAAGCGAGAUACUCAGCGUGGAAGUUCGCUAAGGAAUCAAAGCCUGGACGUCGAGCGGACUAUUUCAUUGAUUUCGCUGCUACCCCUCGUCAACGGCCUCGGCGCCAAUUACAGUCAAGCAAUGAUGGGGAACAUGUGAUGCCCAGUGAGAGUGUCGAGCGCCUUGCCUGUCCAGAGGAGCUGUGGGACGACAUAAGAUCCUGUCUUUACAAAGUUAGAAGGACACGGGAUAUGGCUACUGCGAGUCAGCUGCCGCUAAAUUCUCCCACGCCACCGAAGGGAGAGGCUAGCACUAUCUUGUCAGGCCAAGAUAUCCAUGAACGUAAUGGACAUAAAUCAAAGCGGCCAUUCUUCUCAUCGGAUGAUACGACUGCAUAUCCCUCUGGAGGGACGACGAGCGGGGUCGAUGAAACCGCGGAAGAGACAUAUCGAAUACCGGCUCCCGAUGGGAAGUCUAGACCAGAUGAGCUCGAACAACCCCAGGAGCCACCGCUGAUCCGCCGUGACGAUGCUUUAGCACUGUUGCUGCGAAUGAGACAGAUCCACGAGGAUGAACGUAUGUCUCUGGGCACCAACGCUGAAGCGAUCUGGUUCUCUUCCGAGAAUACCUCGCAGGUGUCUCUCUUUGAGUCUCUUGGCAGCGGGUGUAGCGACUACGGCACUGUAUUUAUCGUCGAUGAUGGGGAAGAAGCUGACGACGAAGCGGAAGCUGGGAACGUUGGUAGCGGUGUCUUUGACUGAUCGAGUUGUUCUCUAGGACUCCUUGAUCGUUUCUCCUGGCCACUGUACAAUGAUUUCUGUGUCUGCGCCCAUAUAUGUUGGGCUUUGAUUGCUACGCGUUCUCUCUCCGCGGUCAGUAUGUAUAUUCUUCUCUGGUGUGGCAUCCUUAGGUUAUAUCAUGUAUAGUGCUCCAUCACUAGUAGCUACUCACACUCGUUUAGAACCAGGUGAUAGGAUAGGUAGUUACUCAACAAAGGAUUUAUUAUUGGCCGGACUGGAGUGUUCUCAGUAGUUACUGUAGAGUCUAGACUGGUAGAGUCAGUAGACUAAGGAGCUUCUCCAU